UUUAUUUAUUUUAAACAUAGAUUAAUGUAGUAGGCCUGUAUUCUUGCAAGUUUUUGAAAUCCACAAUGGAAGCUAUAACUUGAAAAAAAAUUAAUAACGCAAUCGGUACGACGGAAAAAUGUCAUUGCCAUUUUGACAAAUCUAGAUUCUAUAGUCUGUCUUAACAAAUCAGUAUCUAAAAUAAACCCAUCUUAUUGGGGAUUUUGAGACACCGCGCGCACCUUCUCUUAGCUGGGAUGGGUUUUUGAUCAGAAGGGUUAACUUCCACAUCAUAAAACAAGGGUGAGUGCGAGGGCUAUUGUUAUCAAUAUCGGGAGGGUGGAAAAGCCGUCCUCAUUGUGUCUAUAUGAACACUGAGUCGAUGUCUUUUCUGUGUUAUACUCCAUAAACAAAAGUAGGGGCAGUGCAUGCUGUAACACCUGUAUGGCGUGCUUGAAAUUCUUUUACAUGAAGAAUGCAGACUGUGCGCUAUGACGUAAUGCGCUGAUGUCAUGAAUGAAGGCAAAGAUUUGAAAACGAGGCCAUGAACUUUCAAUACACGUCUCUUGACAUGUUUGUAUUGUGAUUUCAAAGAAGUGCCGCCUGCACUUCAAAGACGAGUCAAGCGACGACAAAAUCGACGACAGGAUGCAUUAUCACACAGAUAUGAUUUGAACAGAUAUCUGGGCCGGCGUUCAGGCCAAUUGUUCUCGAAGUACUGGACUGAUAUUUUGUGCGUUUAUUUUCUUGAAAAUUUAGAUGCAGUGGACGGUCUGCGAAACCAGUGAAAAGUGUUGACGGCGACAGUUCAAAGUCGGGUCGACUUUGCGAACAUUCCCAAGCGCGGAGGCAGGUGUUGGCACUUUGAAAAGAGCUGUGUGCUGCAUCGACAAAAUGACCGCCCCCACUAACCCGAUAGAGCACACACCAGAUCGUUACACAGGCGGAUGUGACCCCAGUCGACUGGAGAUUGGAUUCUUGAUGCUGUGAAUUUGGUUUUUAGUUUUAGUACGUUUCGGCAGUUUGAAAUAUUUGUUGUGUUGUGUUAUAAUUAUCUUACAGAGUUACAGUUACAGCCGGACGAAGAUUUUUUCAAACAUCUCUGGAUAGUAGGCCCUACAGAGUUAGAUCUAGAAUCUAUAUUUACACAAAGUGAUUAUUCUGAUCUGAAUGGAAUGUCAAGUAGUACACCAAAAUAACUGACUGAAUACUGAAGCGAUUUCUUCCCUUUGAGUUUGAGCAUUCAGAUUUUACCCAAAAGACUGUGAAAAUGGCAUCAAGCUCAGUGAGCCAAGAGAGCUUGGACAUGGAUGAUUUUGACAAUACAGCUCGUCGAAAUCGAAUUCGAGUUCAUAGAGGUCACAGUGGGCGUGGUUCUCUUCCGUACCGAACACUGCCAGAUCGGGGUGAUGGUGUUGAUCAAGACAGAGAAGGUCGAGGAGGAGACCACCACAACGGAGACGUGGGAGAUGGGGGAGGAGGGGGUCUUGGUUUGUCAUCACAUAGUCACCUCCCGGGUGAUCAUGAAUCUCCGACUAGAGGAGCAGCAGCUCGACUAAAGGACAAACGAAGCAGAGCUAACCACAUGAAGGGAAAACUGCCAAAAGACAAACGCAAAUUGAGAGAGAAGAGAAGAAGCACUGGUGUUGUUCACUGCAUGCCGUCUACUGAGAGUACCGGUGACUCUCUUGAUGAUGAAGAUGAUGAUGAGGAUGUAAGUCAUGACACGAAAAGAAACACAACAUUCAAUGAAGGAGGCAGCGCUGGUCACCAUCAUCACCAGACUUUGUAUGAGAGCCCGUCUGACCUUGAGGCAGACUUGGAAGACAACCAGGACUACGACAGCACGGUCAGCCACUCGGAGACCAACCUCACAUUGAUUGGUCGAUCGGAAUCCUCGGACAUGUCUCAGAACCUGCCCAACCGGCCGCUGUGUGCCGCUGGCACGGGCCUGGGUCGCUUCGGUGGGGGUGUGGGCAUCACCUCAAAGUUCUCCCCGGAAUCAAACCGGGCAGCAUUCAAGUUCAACCCCAGCAACAUGUCCAGUGACGCUGAUUCCCCCCGCACCAACACCCCCUCCACCUCCUCCUCCUCCUCGAUUCUGUCUCGAUACCGUGAAAUGGACUCCCCGCACACGACCACAUCCAGCGCCAACAACAACAACAACACCAGCACCAGCAGCGGACCCCCGGACCCUGACUCCCCACGCCGUUUCAACAACAACAGCAACAACAACAACAACAACAGCAGCAGCAUUGGUGGAGGCUCGGCAGGCUCAACUUCUUCCUCCUCCACCCUCUCCUCGCAGAUCCAGCCCCGCCCCGUGGGCUUCUCCGUGUUCCGAGACAGAGACAGUACGACCGCGACGUCCGCUGGGGGCGGGGUUCUCGGCAGCUCCUCGUCCAGGGGAGAUAAACCACCGUACUCCAGCUCGCUCGUGGGCUCGAGGUUCGGCCGGGACCGUGACGGGGGAGCGAGUGGUGCCGCAGGGGCGGGCUCGGCACAUUCUCGCCUGGCAAGCUACCAGUCUCCGCGGCCUUUUGUGUCGAUGUCGUCUUCUUCAGCAGCUAUGAACCAGCAACAGACGGAGACCAUCUCACAGCUGGAGAAGCAACUGGAUAAAGAAAAAGAGGAAAACAAAAGAUUGCAACAGCAACUGGAGGAGAAAGACAAAAAGAUUGCUGAGCUGGAAAAGGCUAUUGAGCUGCUGAACACUGAAUGCGACGGUCUUGACGAAGACAACUUGAAGCUUCAAGAGGAGAACAAAGCGCUGAUCAGGGCCAUGUCGAAGCUCACCACAAACGUCUAGGGGGACUGGAGACCUCUGGCUGAGAACUGCACCGGAAUAAUUCAGAACAUCGGAGCAUUAUAGAUAUAUGGUGUUGUAUUCAAAUUUGGACUCAAUGUUGUUGUCAAACUUGGAACUACAGUUGAAAUUGUCCAAGGCAGCCAUCCCAGGAGAAAAGUGGUUGUCUUAGACAAGUGGACAUCUUGAACAGUGUCAUUAUAAUAUUUUUAAAACGCAAGGGGGGGAGGGAGAAGUGGUUGUUUGUAGGGGUGAUUGUCCUGGGCAGGUGGUCGUUUGAGCAUGGUCGACUGUAGUUAUAUGCGUUGCGCGUAGAUAGCAUAGCCGAUGUCUCGUUCUGUACCAAGAAUGUUUACAAGUCUGUGGUGAACGUAACCGUAGCGGGAGCCAACCAUAGAUUAUACCAUCUGUCCUACGUCUCUCUUAUUUCUACUUGUUACAUUGAUGUUCACGAUACCUUUUCUUUUACAUUUUGCCUCACGGAGUCUGCCCAAAGAGCGGAGAUUCCAGCGACUCCUGGAUAGUGACACAAAGCUAGGUGAAAUUGAAAGUGAUAGUGCAUUGUCUUUUUCACCAUCUAGCCUUCACAUCGAAGGCUCACGAAAUUUCAUAAUGAUUCUAUAUUCAGUUUGGUUAACCAUUGCCAUGUGGGGUGCAGUGUAAAGGUUGGCAGACUGUUAGGCUCUCAAUUAGAGCAUUCGCGUACUUUGUGUAAAUCCCAUUGAUUGAAUAAAUGACUCUCACAGUGUGGGAAGGAAAGGUGUACGGCCGCAGUAAUGUGGAAACAUGCUGUUUGACUUGUAGAGCCUUAUAAAGCUAGAGACGAGGUGAUUACAUAUUAACAUUGAUUGUCAUGACCCGUGGCAAUUUUGUAUCAAAUUACUUUCCUUGGGUAGUGUGGGUUAUUCAUCAAGUGGGUUAUUCUUGAGGAAAAGAAUACCUGGUUUCUUUUUUUCUUUUCUUUUUUGUUUUAGUGAGAGCUUUACGGCGCUUGCAACACAUUUAGGUCAUAAAAUGCUGAAGAUUAGAG